GCGAAGAGGACUACAAUAUAUUUUUGCACUGACCUACGAAUGUAGUUGUCUCUAAAUGUGUUUUUUUGUUUUUGUAGUCGUCUCGUCUUCAUCCAUCUUCGUCGCUCGCCGCUGAGUGAGUUGGUGUGGUUCAGUGGCAGUCAUCGUUUAUCUUUUUGUCACUGUUCGCCAUUUGUGAUAUUUUGCUCGGCCUGUAACGACGUACUAGAUUACUAGUGUUCCAUUCUUGUCGUAAAAUUCUUCUUUUGUCACUCUUGUUGCUCUCUCUCGCUUUAACCAACCAACUUGUGUGUGUCAAAACCGCUGACAUUUGAUUUUUUUAUUUUUCCCAAAAAAAAAAAGUUCACCUGUGGGCCCGGAGAUAAAACCAAAAAGGCUUUAAACUGGCUGAAAAAAAGGUCCCCAUGGCCUUGUGCCAAACUUCUGUGUUGAAAUUAUAUCACACUGUAAUUGAAGAUGUCAUCUCGAGUGUACGUGAUGCAUUCCUCGACGAAGGAGUCGACGAACAGGUAUUGCAAGAAAUGAAACAAAUAUGGCGAACAAAAUUACUAGCAAGCAAGGCGGUUGAAUUAAAUCCCGAACCACCAGAGCCCCAACCACCACCGAUUAUUUCAAAUAAUCCAAAGGUAAGCAAGCCAUCAAAGGCCGCUGCUAAUAAAUCAAAGAAAGCGGCAGCAGCUGCAGCGGCUGCCGCUGCGGCCGCCGCAGCCGCCGCUGCUGCAGCAGCAGUAUCAUCUCAAAACAAUACAACAGCUGCUAAUCAAAGUGUCGAUGUUAAACCAAAUCAAAUAAACAAUUCCGUAUCGACUGUGAAUGGAACAAUUAAAACAGAACCAAACCAACCUCAGCAUCAGCAACUACAACAACAUCAAUUAAUGCAGCAACCACAACAAACUAUGGUUCAGCAACAACAACAGCAGCAACAACAACAACAACAACAGCAGCAGCAGCAGCAACAACAACAACAGCAAAUGCAACAGCAGCAACAACAGCAGAUAGUACAACAAAGACAACAGCCAAAUCAAAACAAUCAGCAACCUGUUCCGCAACAACACCCAUCAUCGGCGUCAGCUAUACCAGCAGUCGCAGCAUUAGAUCCAAAUAAGAUCAUGCCAGUCAAUAUAACUUUACCUGCUCAACCCGGUACCAUGAAUACAGAAUCACGAGUUCUGACCAUUCAUGUGCCAGCAUCGGCGCUGCAAGAGAAUCAAUUGACACAGAUCCUCACGGCCAAUUUGAUUUCGUCGAUUAUGUCGUUGCCAACAAGCUUGGCUUCGUCUGUAUUGCAACAGCAUGUUAACGCUGCUCUACAGAAUACCUCUAUGCAAAAAAAUUUCACAACAGCCAAACAAUUAGAUGGUGCUCUUGAUACAUCGGACGAAGAUGAAUCAGAAGAAAGCGACGACAACAUGGACAAUGAAGAUGACGAUGAUUUGGACAAAGAAGAAGACGAGGAUGGCGAAAACGACGGUGGACCCGAAGAAGAGCCACUUAACAGUGAGGAUGAUGUUACGGACGAAGAUGCUAGUGACUUAUUCGACACGGACAAUGUUAUUGUAUGUCAAUAUGAUAAGAUCACAAGAUCGAGAAAUAAAUGGAAAUUCUAUCUCAAAGAUGGUAUCAUGAAUAUUGGCGGGAAGGAUUAUGUAUUCCAAAAGUCCAAUGGUGAUGCUGAAUGGUAGAAAAACAGUCUUUUUUUUUGUUCUUUAGAUAAAUCAUUCGUUGUUUUUUCUUUGUGUUUCUUCUCUUACAAAAAGAAAUAUAAUUGUUAUUUUAUUUUCAAAUUUAACAAAGAAAAAAAGAAAUUUUUCUAAAUUUUUAACUUAAAACAAACUAGUGUUCAGCUCGUGAAGGGAUAAGUGAUAUUUUCCAUACACAUCACAUUAGAUUUUCUUUUUUUUCACAAAUAAAAUAACUAAAUUGACGAAUGCCAAACACAUUUUUUGCUAAGCAUAAGACACUUUAAAUAAUGUGAACAAAAAGUUUGGAAAAUCUACAUAUCUUUCAUUUCACAGAAGCUGGAUACUAGUGAAUUAUUUAAGAAAAAAACACAAAUUUUGGACUGUGAAAGAAAAGU